AUGGUCUCCACGGGCAAGGAUUGUGACGACGAGGGCUGGUACGACAAGUACGGCUACCAGUACAACUACGACGAAGACUCGUAUGAAAAUGAUGACCAGUUUUGGGACGACGAGAGCUACGAGCAGGAUGUCCCCGGUGAGACAUACAAAGGCAGCCGCAAGAAUAACCUGGGCAAUUGCAGCAAGUGUGGUUCCGAAUGCCACCACACGGCAGAUUGCCCCGCCGGUACCAAAGACGAUCACAAGCAGCCAGGCCGCAGCGGCAAAGGUAAAAGACAGUACGACCACCGUGGCAAAAGCAAAGGGAAGUACGACAACCACGGCAAGAGCAAAGGCCUCGCGGGCGAAGAGCAAACGCGCCGGUCGGUCAUUGAAGGCCGCCACGGCCGCCGCCGCCCCGCGCUGGCGCGGGGCGCCCCGCGCCCGCGCGCCUGCGCGGCGCGGGGCGCGGCCGCGGCGCGGGCGGCCACCGCAGGCGCCGCGCCUGGGGUCGCGGCGAACGCGUACCUGAAGGCGAAGGUGGAGGAGAUGGCCAGACUCCAGCCCGUCAUGGUCUUCUCGAAGUCGUGGUGCCCCUUCUGCACCAAGGAGAACGGCAUACGCUUCGCCGUGCUCGAGCUGGACAACCUGGGAGCGUCCACGGAAGGCCAGUUGCAGGACGCGCUCGAGGCGAUCACGGGCGCCAGGACUGUCCCGCGCGUCUUCGUCGGCGGCGUGUGCGUGGGGGGCGGCACGGACUGCCAGCUGAUGGCCGCCAGCGGGGCGCUCCAGAAGAUGGCCGCGGCGGCGGCAGACAAGCACACCAAGGACCUCAAGGGCGAGGGCGAGUUCCAGUUCGAUAAGGACUGGCAGUCGGAGCUGGACUCGACCGCCUUCCGCAUCCUGCGGCAGCGCGGCACGGAGCCGCCUGGGUCUCACCCGUACGACAAGAUGCUGCCCGAGAAGGGCCACUUCUCGUGCGCCGGCUGCGGCUUCCCGCUCUACUCCGCCUCCUCCAAGUUCGCGUCCAGCUGCGGCUGGCCGGUCUUCAACAAGGUGUACGAGUCGCCCGACGCCGGCCAGCACGUGACCGGCCGCCCCGACGGCACGGGCUCCCUGGAGAUCGUCUGCACCCGCUGCGGCUCGCACCUCGGCCACGUGUUCUACGACGCCGUCUCCGAGGCAAACCCCAACGGCGAGCGGCACUGA